CCCCGAGGAUGAAGGACACCUCUGGCCACCCUGCUCCAGCCCGCUAGGACCCUCCCCCCCACACACACACUUUCUCACAUGGCCUGGACCGGGACCCUGCGAAGCCUGACUCUGCUGCUACCUCUGCUCUUACCGCCCUGGACACCCACCAGAGCCAUGGCCAGGGAGGUGGUCGUGCUGGCGCCCACCGAGGUGCAUGGCUCCCUGGGCAGCACCGUGACCCUGCCGUGUCACCUGCAACCUCUGGACUCCGAAACCCCACGGAUGACUUAUAUAAGGUGGACGCGGCAGGAACCGCUGGGGGACCCCAGCAUUGUGGCCGAAUUCCACUGGCACCGGGGCCCCAGCAUCGCAGAGCCCGACCGUGUGGACUUCGUGGCCACCCGGAUGGAUGCGGAUUUGCUGGACGCCUCGCUGACCAUGAGUGAUUUGAGCCCUGGGGACGAAGCCAACUACACCUGCGAGAUCCACAUCAGCACGUCCCAGAUGGAGAGUGUCCGCACCUGGCUCAGAGUGUUCUACGCCCCCCAGGUUUCUAUUGCCCUCUAUGAUGACAUCGGGCAGCAGGGCCGCAGGGAGACCAGCCUGACCUGUGACGCCCGCAGCAACCCAGAGCCUGAGAGUUAUGACUGGAGCACGACCACGGGCUCCCUGCCCCCCUCUGCUGUACCCCAGGGCUCCCGGCUCCUGAUCCAGCCCACUGAGGAGUCCAUCAACACGACCUUCAUCUGCCGCGUCUCCAAUGCCCUGGGAACGGGCCAGACAGCCAUGAGAGUCCAGCUCCCAGCCAAUGAGAUGACCGAGAUGCCUGAGAUGACCUUGUGGGCACCCACAGAAGUGCACGGCCGCCGGAGCGACAUAGUGAAGCUGCCCUGUGAGCUGCAGUUUCGGGGGUCCGGCAGCCCGGAAGUGACGCAGGUAACGUGGACGCGGCGGGCACCGUCGGGGGAAUCCAGCGUCCUGGCAGCCCUCCACCCGCUGUCCGGGCCCAGCAUCUCAGAACCCGGCCACGUGGAAUUCGCGUCCGCCUGGUGGGGCCCAAAUCUACUGGACGCUUCGCUGCUGGUUCGCGGGCUGCAGCCGGAGGACGAGGCCAACUACACGUGCGAGGUGACCAUGGCCCAUGGCGGGACCAGGAGCGCGGCCACCUGGCUUCGGGUGUUCUAUGCCCCCCAGGUCUCCAUCUCUCUCUAUGAUGACAUCGGGCAGCAGGGCCACAGGGAGACCAGCCUGACCUGAGACGCCCGCAGCAACCCGGAGCCCAAGAGCUAUAAUUGGAGCACGACCAUGGGCCCCCUGCCCCCCUGUGCUGUACCCCAGGGCUCCCGGCUCCUGAUCCAGCCCACUAAGGAGUCCAUCAACACGACCUUCAUCUGCUGUGUCUCCAAUGCCCUGGGGACAGGCCAGGCAGCCAUG